AUGCAUAUGUUGGAUUUGAUCACCGACAUCGCGAUGGCGUCGUCGUCGAGCCAGAUGGAAAUCAGCGAACCAUUCCGCACGGAGGACCUCUCGAAGACGGAUUUUUUUGACUUCGUCACAGGCUCCGCACCGGACAUGGCCAUCAGUAGCAGUAGCGGUGGCCCGGGCGGUGGUGGAGGAGGAGGAGGUGGUGGAGGUGGUGGGGGAGGAGGCAGUGUGGCCACCAGUAGCACCAAUGCAAACGGCAACAAUUCCUGCAACCGUUCCCUGUCCGGUGUGUUACCCAGCAUGGGACCUAACGGAGUGACCGAUCGACCCCCUGACGGUAGGAAUGGCAGCGAAAGCACACCGAUGGACGGAACACCAACGAACAGGGUGACCGGAAGCAGUGGUGGUACAGUUCCCGAUGCAAACGAUCAACCGCUCCAAGGAUUUGAUCAGUUCUGGGGCCCCGACAAAGAUGCCAACCGGUUGGAUCCGGCAAUGUUUGAGGAUCUUAAUCGCUACUGUUGGAUACAGCAGAACACCAAUACUACUACAACCAGCAGUAACAACACUAAUAACAACGCUACCAACAACAACAGUAGCAACAACAAUAAUGGUACACUCAACAGUCAGGUGGCGGAUACAGACGGGCAGAUUUACACACUAACAGUAUUAAAUGGAGCACCGGAACCGUGGGUGCUAAGGAAGGAUCCGAACAGUUCGGAACCAGCCGCUCCCGCAUCCAAUCUCGAUCUCGACACAAUUCUCGGUGGAUUCCCGGGCUACGUCAAGACGGAAUGCUUCUCCUACGAUGAUAGUGGUUUCGGUACGGAUCACCACGCGAAAGAUGAUCCUCACCAUCAUCAGCAGCAGCAGCAGCAGCAACAGCAACAACACCAGCAACAGCAACAGCAUCAACAUCUCCACUUAGUGCAACAGCAGCAACAUGCCGCACAUCAUGCGCAAGCGCAACCACAGCUACAACAAGUACAAUCGCAGCAGCAGCAAAUGCCAGUUACGUCCAGUAACAUCGUGCUAUCGAGCCAGCUGCUCGACCCCAACAGUGUGCUGGCGUACCAGAACAACAACAACAACGACUGGCAGAUGUCGGAUCACAACGUGAUACAGCAGGACACGGCGGAGUCCUUACUGCGCAGUGCGCUGCAGGGUAAGGGCUACACCAAAGGCACCGGUUUGCCGCUACCGAAUGGAGCCAUCACCGUACUACCCGCCACCGGUCACAUGAAGGACGAUGAGUUGCGGCGAGUGCUUUACUCGGCCGGAGAUCCUACCGAUUCGCUCGCUGCCUAUGCCGAUUCCACGCUCGCCAGCACCAUGUACGAUGAGUCGGUGUUACAUUCACCUGCCUCCACUAACCAAUCGGCCAACUCGCAGCAUCAACAGCAGCAGAUGGUUGCAUCAACCGGACAGGUAACCGAUCUCGGUACGGGUGGCGGUGGGACGGGCCCGGGAAGUGUGGUGGUGGAUGAUAUGUUCCUUACGCUUGACGCUGCCUUCCCCGAGGACUACGAAAAGCUGAAGCGGAUAGCCACGGAGGUGCAACAGUUUUGCACGGACAAUAACAACUACACGGAGAUCAUCGUAGAGGCGCCCGCAAUGGGCAAUGGUUGCAAUAAUAGUGCGACGCCGAGCAAUCUGCUGACGGGUGGAAACCAUCAACAUCACCCCGGACAUGGAAACAUGGGCGUACUGUCCCCGACCGGUGCGGGCAAUCUUACACGGCAACCGUCGGUUUCGACGACAACCUCCUCGGACGUGGUGACAACGACUUCCACCACCAAGGCCAAGGCUCCUAGAACGAAGAAGAACUAUAAGCGAUCUCUCAGCAACAAUGCGGCCACCGCGCAGGCCACUUCCAACAACAGUCCCACUUUGACAUGCCUGACCACCAACAACAAUAACACGAGCAUGAGUAACCUCAACACGAUCACCGGAUCCGGUGCAGGGAUGCUGAGUCCCGGCAGUGUGACCGGUUCUAAUGGCACGACACAGCUUACCACCACGAGCACCACCACAACCACAACCACUGCCACCACCAGUCCCACGCAGUGCGGCAAUGGACAGCGCAAGGAACGAUCGCUUCACUACUGUUCGAUUUGUUCGAAGGGUUUCAAGGACAAAUACUCCGUCAACGUACACAUACGCACGCACACCGGGGAGAAACCGUUCGCGUGUUCCCUGUGUGGCAAGAGCUUCCGGCAGAAGGCGCAUCUGGCCAAACACUACCAGACCCAUCUCGCGCAGAAGAAUCCACCCGGUGGCGGUGGUGCCGUUACGAAACAGAGCAAACAGAGCCGGCUCUCGGCCCCACUGGCCACACCCGAUCCCAGCUCGGGAGGACAGUUGCCAACUGUUGCCACGGUGGUCUCCACAGUCGCACCGUCGGUGUCACUUGCCGUCGCGAACGUUCCCGGACCGCACCAGCAGAUGGUGAUCCCACAGGCACAGUCACCACCGAUGCUGCUCACCAACACCAACACUGCCACGAUCGUCGCGAGCCGGUGA